CACUGGUGAAGAAUGAGCUUCUUGGAUCAAGUGGACACAGGAGACUCGGAUGAAGUGGACUUAUGAGACUAUGUUGGCAUGUCUUGUCUGUUCUCCUGCUUCCUCUCUCCUGAGAUGAGUGCUGAUGCAAUGGAGGUACGGUUCUUUAGGAAUCAGUUCUCUACCACGGUCCACAUUUACAGGGAUGGGAAAGACCAGGCAUAUAUGCAGAUGAGAGCCUAUCACGGGAAAACUGAGUUCAUGAAGGACUUCAUUGCAGAGGGCCAUGUCCUCCUGAGGGUGAAAGACAUCACUACCUUGGAUGCUUGCGUGUAUGGCUGCUGGUUCAGCUGGGAGUUGCAGGUGUCAGACCAAUUGCCUUAUAACGGUCCACAGGGACAGGAUUUGCCCUCAGACUCCAAAAUGAAUGCAGACAGAUGGGGCAUGCUUGAUGUGGAGACUUCCUUUAAAAUAAAAUAAAAUGCUGGAAAUAUAUCAUGUUCCAUUCAGCAUUCUGAUCAGAGUCGAGAGUUGCAAUCCAGUCUAUGGACAGGAGAGACAUUUUUCCAGCCUUCACAUUGGCACCUGGCUUUCGUUUUACUGGGAUCGACCUGUGUUUGCCUAAUUGUUGGUAUCAUCAUUGCAGAGAGGAUUUUCUACUCCAAAUCCCAAGGUAAGUAUCAAAGAGAAGCAUGGACCAGUGGCUUAUUCAUGGUUCAAGUGAGGCCAGGAGCUGGGAUGCCCCACAUAGUUUCCUGAUCCAUUUUUCCAGACCUGAGCUCCAAGGGCC